GAAAGAAAAACCAAGAAAGAAACCCUAACUUCCCUCAGCUCUAUGGGCCUAUGGGGGUAUGGCCUCUCUUUCAACUCCAGAAGACCAGAAACACUUCGAACGCAGCACAGAGGAAGUAGCAACCUCCAUCUCAUCGCCGGUCUUCAUUCUGUCCAGCCACCGCGCCGUCACGUCUGCGACGCCGCCGUCCGGACUGCUCCAGCGUCGUUGCAACGCCUCUGUUCAGCCUUUGUUUCGCACUGCCUUCUGUUCCGCCGUUGAUUCGCACUGCCCUCUGUUUCGCCGUGCUUCCGCCGCAGUUUCGCCGUACUUCUGCGGGAUUAUAACAUUGGGGCUGAUGUAGUACCAUUAAUUUGGAUGACAUUUUACCGUUAUAUUAAAUAUUUUAGUGGGUUUAUUUAUAUUUUAUUUAUUAUUUUGUUAUAAAAUAGUUAUUUCGAUUGAACUACGGUUGAAUUACGGUUGAAUCGGUUAAAUCGGUUGAACUAACAAACAAGUGAACCAGUAGUUAGAAAAGUUCGAUAACCAAUUCGGUUUCCGAACAUUGCCCUAGAGAAACCCACCUAUUUAUACUUAAACACUAACCAACUCAAACUUGUCCCUCCUAGAGAGCUGACGAGGCCUUCCAAUGAGGUGUUGAAAGCGCUGCAAGGGGCAAUGAAGCUCCUAACUAAACUACUAAAGAAAUUGGUAAGUCAGUUUGCUGUGGUGUUGAGGAAAGAGGGAUGCAGAAGUUUAGGAAUUUCAAGAGGAGCUUUUCAUUCCAGAAGAGGCAGAGUUUCCCUCAGUCUCGAUUCAAUGAACGUUGCGAGGGUAACGAAUUUGAAGAGGCCAUUGAUGUUUUGUGUCAACAAAAUCGUCUCAAUGAAGCCAUUGAGUUGCUCCACCAAAUUCAUCGACCCUCCCCUCGCAUUUACUCCAUCCUUAUCGCUGCUUGCGUUCGCCAUCGAGCUCUCCAAGAGGGUAAAAUGGUCCAUGCACACACCAAAGCUUCCAAGUUUGUUCCCGGGAUCUCCAUCUCAAAUCGUUUGCUUGAUUUGUAUUCCAAAUGUGGCAGCCUCGAUGAUGCCCAGAAGCUGUUUGAUGAAAUGAUUCACAGGGAUUUGUGCUCUUGGAACACCAUGAUUGCUGGGUAUGCCAAAAUUGGACGCCUUCAACAAGCUAGGAAACUGUUUGAUGAAAUGCCCCAAAGAGAUAACUUUUCAUGGAAUGCGGCGAUAUCUGGUUAUGUUAGCCAUGCUCGUCCUUGGGAAGCGCUGGAGUUGUUUAGAAGGAUGCAGAAUCACGAGAGUUCGAAUUUGAAUAAGUUCACCUUGUCCAGUGCUCUGGCUGCUUCAGCUGCUAUUCCGUGUUUGCGUCUUGGGAAGGAGAUUCAUGGCUACUUGACACGAACUGGUUUGGACUCGGAUGAGGUAGUUUGGAGUGCACUUUUGGAUUUGUAUGGCAAAUGUGCGAGCAUGAAUGAAGCUAGGGGUAUUUUUUAUAAGAUGGCGGACAAAGAUGUAGUUUCAUGGACUACCAUGAUUCAUAGAUGUUUCGAAGAUGGAAGAAAGGAAGAGGGAUUUUCCUUGUUUAGAGAGUUGAUGAGGUCAGGCAUUAGGCCAAACGAGUAUACAUUUGCUGGAGUUUUAAAUGCAUGUGCUGGCCAUGCUGCUGAACACUUAGGGAAGGAGGUUCACGGUUACAUGGUGCGCAUAGGGUAUGACCCGCGUUCAUAUGCCGUGAGUGCACUUGUUCAUUUGUACUCGAAGUGUGGGAACACUGAAAAUGCCAGAAGGGUGUUCAACCAAAUGCCUCGGCCUGAUUUGGUAUCAUGGACUUCUCUUAUUGCUGGUUAUGCUCAAAAUGGUCAACCAGAAAAAGCGCUUUGGUUCUUUGAAUUAUUGCUUCAAUCAGGUACUAAGCCCGAUCAAGUUGUCUUUGUUGGGGUUCUUUCUGCUUGUACUCAUGCUGGGUUAGUGGACAAGGGUUUAGAAUAUUUCCAUUCAAUAAAGGAGAAGCAUGGGUUGAUGCAUACUGCAGAUCAUUAUGCAUGUAUUAUUGAUUUAUUGGCACGAUCUGGACGGUUUAAAGAGGCAGAGGAUAUCAUUGAUAAAAUGCCAAUAAAGCCUGAUAAGUUCCUUUGGGCAGCCUUACUUGGAGGAUGUAGAAUACAUGGGAACCUUGAAGUGGCUGAAAGGGCAGCAAAUGCAUUAUUUGAGAUAGAGCCAGAGAACCCGGCUACGUAUAUUACUUUAGCUAAUAUUUACGCUAAUGCGGGUCUGUGGGCUGAGGAAGCCAGGGUUAGAAAGGGUAUGGAAAGCAGGGGAAUAGUGAAGAAGCCGGGUAAGAGCUGGAUUGAGAUCAAGAGACAGGUGCAUGCCUUCCUGGUAGGAGAUACAUCCCACCCCAAAAUAUGUGAUAUUCAUGCAUUCCUAGGAGAAAUCUCAAAGAAAAUGAAGGAAGAAGGCUAUAUUCCAGACAUAAACUUUGUGCUACAUGAUGUGGAGGAGGAGCAGAAAGAGCAAAACCUCGUUUACCACAGCGAGAAGCUUGCCGUUGCCUUUGGAAUCAUUUCAACCCCGCCAGGAACUCCUAUCAAGGUUUAUAAAAAUUUAAGAACAUGUGUAGAUUGUCACAAUGCCAUGAAAUAUAUAUCAAAGAUUGUUCAAAGAAAAAUAAUAGUGAGAGAUUCAAAUAGAUUUCAUUGUUUUGAGGAUGGAAGCUGCUCAUGCCAAGACUAUUGGUAACGUCGUGCCAAGCAAUGAGUGUAUCGGCAUCUUCAAUCUAUGAUUUUGCUGUAAAACAGCCUUGAAGGGUUGCAUUGACAAUCAUCUUUUCCUCUAUCCCUAUCAAUCAAAAGGGUACCUCUAUCAAGCAAAAUUGUCGGAUGCCGCAUUGCAACUUGGUAUGAAAUGUUCAAUAAAUGAUGGAAUUAUGCUGCAUAGGAUCGAUCUCAGGGGAGUAUAUGUCGCAGGUGUACCAUUCAUUUAUGAAUUAUGUAAAUACAGCAAGGCAGGGACCUUUAUUUGUGGGUUCUGUAUUUUCUAACUCCAUCGGAAAGUGGUAACUUAUUAGCAUCUCAAUUUAUUUAUGGCAAUGUUCCUCCGGAGGAUGUCCUUGUUGGGAGUUAAAGCCAGGCCUUCUGCUUCUGCCCCUCAAAGGGUAAUUGAGGUGGAAAAUGGUUCAAGCUCUUGCAUCAAAAGUGUGAAGAUGAUAAAUGGUGAUUUCUAACAAGAAUUGAAUUUGGAGAUGAGGCCCAAGUAAUGUUAGUUGCAAGAAUCAUCAUGGAAACUUCAGGACAUGUUAAAAAACAAAAUGAAGUUAUAUUCUUCAACCUUUUAUCUUAUUCCCGAAGUCAGAUAAAUUCUUCAAUAAAAUCAUAAAUUUCUAAUCUUUGAAACCAUAUUAUUGUUUGUUCCUUCCUCUCUUCUUUCACAGAAAGUAUGUGAACUGCAUUUAACUGCAGUGCCUCCUCAGAGUCACUUUUACUGUAUAGAAAUUAAUUUCUACAAAUAUAAUUUUACUUGUUAGAUACUGAAUUGUACCUUUUACGGAAUGUAUGAGAAGAAGAGAAAGAAGAAGAAUCUUUUAUCUCAUCGGUAUUCUCCUUACUUAGUACUUACUGCAAUUUUAAAGGAAGGUAUAAUUUU